AUGUCCGUUUCGACUACGAUCUCCCACCAGGACGAUGUCCUGUUUCUCAAUGCCACUAUCUUCGAUGGUUCGGGAAUCGCUCCAAGAUAUAUCGCGAGCGUUCUCGUAAAAGACGGCUACAUCACUGAUGUACGAAAAGGGCAUUCGUCCGUAUCAUCCGACGAGCUCAAGCAGGCGAAGCAAACUGGCACGGAGAUCAUUGACUGCGAACAAGGCAAAUGGAGUCUUUGUCCGGGCUUCAUUGACAUGCACGCCCAUUCUGAUCUGUCUCUCCUGCAUACUCCAUCUCACGAGGCAAAAGUGACUCAAGGCGUGACCACCGAGGUAAUUGGGCAAGAUGGCAUCUCCUACAGUCCCGUCGACGAUGCCGGCAUGCAACGCAUCCGAGAACAGAUUGCUGGGUGGAACGGAAACCCUACCGAUCCUCCAGACUUCUUUGAUCGAUGGCGUACUGUAGGCGAGUACCUCGACGUGCUGGAUCGCGAGCAAAUUGCAACCAACGCAGCCUAUCUGGUCCCACAAGGCAAUCUGCGUAUCUUAGUCAAGGGAUGGAGCUCCAGCCCAGCGACCCCGGAGGAGAUUAAGCAGAUGCAAGAAAUCCUGGCCAAGUCCAUGGCAGAAGGUGCGGUGGGUAUGAGCUCCGGCCUCACUUAUGUACCUGGCUCGUUCGCUCCCGACGCCGAGUUGGCUCAGCUCUGCAAGAUCGUGAAGCAGUUUGGCGGAUACUACUGCCCUCAUACUCGAUCGUAUGGCAAAGGAGCUUUGAAAGCAUAUGCCGAGAUGAUUGAGCUAGCGAGACAGACUGGUGUACGACUGCAUCUGACACAUGCCACGAUGAACUAUGAAGAGAAUGCCGGCAGGGCACACGAGCUCAUUGCCAUGAUUGAUCACGCUAUUGCCGAAGGGGUGGAUAUCACUCUCGACACCUACCCAUACUUACCAGGUUCAACCACUCUGGCGUCCACUCUUCCCACUUGGGUAGCAUCUGCAGAUGACAAGAUUGCUGUCCUCAAUGACCCCGAGAAGCUGGCCGAGAUCAAACAUCUCGCAUUAUUCGAAGGCACAGACGGCUGUCACGGUUGCACAUUAGAUUGGGACCUUCUCGAAAUCGGCGGCGUACAAAAUCCCGAUUUAAUCCCCGCCUACGUGGGCAAAACGAUUGCCCAAAUCGCAGCAGAACAAUCCCAAGACCCUUUCGACAAAUACAUUGAAAUCUUAAAACAAGACAACUUCAACAGCACCAUCCUCUCCCACUGCGGCCACGAAGGCAACGUCCGUGAAAUCAUGCGUCACCCUCGCCACACGGGGGGUUCCGAUGGUAUUCUCACUUCCACCAAACCACACCCUCGUGGCUGGGGCACGUUUGCCCGAUAUCUCGGCCAUUAUGCACGAGAUCUCCCGCAGGGGAAAUCGAGGAAUAUCUAUCAUGCCACGAGCAGUGAAGUGUACGAUACCGCGGAGGCUGAGACAAUUUUCCAGGGGGGUCUCGAGGAAGCGAUUGCUCAUUUGACGUCUCGGCCGGCUGGAGUGAUUGGUAUGGCGGAUCGCGGGCUCGUCAAGCAAGGGUUCCGAGCGGAUUUGGUACUAUUCGAUCAUGAAACUAUACGGGACGUGGCAACGUAUGCUGAACCGAGACAAGCUGCUAAAGGCAUUCGAGCGGUGCUUGUGAAUGGUAAAUUUGCUGUAGCAGAAGGUAACCCUACCGGAGCCAGAGCUGGCAGAACUAUUCGCAUGCAGGAGCGCGCUCGGGGCGAUUGGCUGGUGAGCUAGCCCGAACUUCUUAGUCAC